UUUACUGCUUCACCGUUUUGCAGAGUUAUGCCCCUUCAAAACCGGCCGGGUUAUUUUUUUUGAAGGAUUUCAUCUAAAACACAUCGAGGAAUACUAGCAUAAAGACUAAAAUGGAAUUUAUUUUAUGUUUAUUUAUAGUAGCAACCAUAUUAGCAGCACUAGGCUCAGUCAAAUAUUUUCUAAGACAUAAAUACCCUGUUGGUGUAACUUGUUGGUUCUGUGGAGAAAAAUCAAAAGUUCCCUAUGACAACAGGAACUGUUGGGACUGUACUAGUUGUGAACAAUAUAAUGGAUUUGAUAAGGAUGGUGGUUACAAUAAGCCAAUCCCAGCACAGUAUGAUGACAGAUUAAACCGGCCAAUCAGAUGUGAGGAGGAGGAGUUUAUUGUGGGCGGGAACAUUCUGUGUAGGAGGUGUACACAGAAUCAGGAAAUCAAGAUAAAACAGUUCGCUAAUUUUACACCGUUUAAUGAGAAAAACUAUGAUGAGGAGUUUGAUGCAUUUAAACGUCAUACAGAGAGGGUACUGUCUUUAUGUCCCGUGUGUGAGGUCAAAGUUCAAGAGGUUAUAAGGAGCCAGGAUGAAGAGUUGAUGAGACGUCGGUCUCACCUAGAGGACUCCAGUAGCUUCAUGAAUGAUGUAGAAACAGAACAGACCUACCUGCACUCGAGUUACUCUGAGACUUAUUACACUAAGUCUUUAGUGUCCAGUAUAGUGUUGCAUGCAGUAUCACUGGUGUGUAGCGUUCUUCUUGUUACCAAGGAGAUAAAUUUAGACGGGAACCAGGCCUGGCAAAAACAACUUCUGUUCCUACAUCCUGUAUUACUCUGGUUAGACGUCAACACAGUGUUUCUGGCCAUGCUUGGAUUGAUUUCAUUCUUUGCAGCAAAAUUAUUUUUAGGAAAAUACAGACUUUAUAAAAUGGAUGUUAUAAGCUGCAUCAUCUGGAUACUUGUAGCAGUAUCACAGACAGGUUUUCUACAAUUUGACAAGACUGGUUCAGUUUUUCAUAUCAGUAGUCUGGUUCUCAAUUGUGUUACGUCUGCUGUGAGUGUGGCUAUUUAUAGAAGACGGAGAGAUAGACCAGAUAUCAGCAUGAUAAAAAUGCAAAUGGACAACAAUUUUUCAGACUCUAUAGACCACACACCAGUUUAUUCCUCUUAUAGCCAGGUUAUUGACCCGAGGUCAAGGCCAUUAGGUCAGACAACAGUGUUUGAGCCAAGGUCAUAUGAUCAAGAGUCAAAGGUCAAGGUAAAAAAGUCACAUGAUCAAGGGCCAGACGGAGAAUCUAGAUCACAAGUUACCAGUACAACUGGUCCCGAAACAUCCGAAUCUAAGUACUCAAAGGCAGGCAGUAUAGAAAAUUCUGCAGACAUUGAGGGGUCAGGACAAGCACAAAAGGGAUUUUUGGGCAGCAAUGACUUCAGUCACAUGCUGGGUGGGGGAAAUAAUGACAUAGAUCAAACAGCAACUGUGCUCAAUGCAUUCAGCCUUGGAAAACCGUCUGUGAGAAGAAGUGACUCAGGGUUUUCAUCAAUGCUGUCACAGGAAAACUAUGCCUCAAAUCUUAGUAAGCACUCUGUGUCUGAGAACUUGCGGUCAAGGAAACAAGGGAGAUCUCUUUUGUCACCAGCCACAUUUAAACAUGAAUCUACUCCAAACAAGCACAGAUCAACCCCAAUACCCACGCAUGGACUGUUCAGCAUCCCAGCUACAGAUACGCCAUCUACAUUGUUCAUAGACAGACCGUCUUCUCCCAUACGCCAGUCUGCUUUCACUCCAACACAGCAACUCUUCAGUACCGACAGACAUUCAUUUACACCGGAAAGACCAGCUUCCCCCGUCACCACAUCAUUUGGUGAAAGACCUUUUCCUAGUGUGCCUUUACAUAGUGAUAGACAUUCCCAGUUCUCAAGCUCAAGUCCGAGCCUUAAAAGUUUUCACAAUGAAGCUGCAUGCCGUUUCCGUCCUAUUGCUAGGCAACCAAGGUCACAUUCUAAGAUUCUAGAGGACACAGACUCUGAGGAUGAUUGUUUUUCUGGAAUAACUACAAAGUCUAAAACAAGUCGUGUUGACUAUACUGAUUCUAGGGAAACUGAUAAAAAACAAGUAGCCUGGUGGGUUCCUGGUUUGAUUGGGUUUGCUCUAGGAGGUAGUCUUGUUGGAAAUAUUGUUCAGAUUUUGAUGUCCAGAAGCACACAAUGACCGGCUGAAGUGACAGAUAUUUAUGUCAGGGAAUAAUGAGAAAACUUAAUCAAAUAAGUGCAGCAACGUAAAUUAUGUUCCAAAGAACUUACUGAUUAUUUAAUCAAGCUGGUCAAGUAGCAAGAAUAUGUUUCAGGGAAUAAUCAGGUUAUUUAUUUCUCUGGUGCAGCAACUGGAAUAUGUUCCAUUAAACAAUCAGAUUAUUUAAUCAAGCUGGUCAAGUAACAAGAAUAUGUUUCAGGGAAUAAUCAGGUUAUUUAUUUCUCUGGUGCAGCAACUGGAAUAUGUUCCAUUAAACAAUCAGAUUAUUUAAUCAAGCUGGUCAAGUAACAAGAAUAUGUUUCAGGGAAUAAUCAGGUUUUUUAUUUCUCUGGUACAGCAACUAGAAUAUGUUCCAUCAAACAAUCAGAUUAUUUAAUUAAGCUGUUCAUGGAAACAAUCAAAUUGUUUUAUCCUAGGAAUUUAUUCCAGAGAAUAAGAUUAUAUUGAUUGAGCUGUUCAAGUGAAGGGAACUAUAAUCUAUAAGAAUAUAGACUUCAAAAAUAGAGGAAAAUGGAGAACUACAACUUGUUUAAUGCUGCUUUAAGCAUCAUGAAUUAAUUCCAGAAAACAAAUAGAUGAAUUUAUCAAGACGACUGUUUUCUUUUUAUGGAGAUUAUUUGAGCACACUGUUCAAAACAGUGUACAUAAAAUAAGUGAACUUGGUUUAUUGCAUAUAUGGCAAGGUCAUCGUUAGACUUAUUUGAUUAUGAUACUUGAUAAAUUAAAAGACAAAUUUGUAAGUAUAAGGUAAUAUGAUAUACUGUAGAAUACUAUUCAAACAAGUUUAAAAGUAAAAUUUAUUUAAGGAUCUUGGCAGAAGAUAGUUAAAGAUACGUAACAUGGUUAUUUUAAAUAUUUGAAUGCUUAGCCACAAGUCUGAACAUGUCAUUCACAAAAUUUUCAUCUUGAUUCUCUAAGAACAAAUAAGUUUAAAAUUGAAGUUAGUCAGCAUAUAAAGACUGCAGCAGGGUUUGUAUCAUAUAUGCCAACAUAUUAUUUCUUGAAUUUUGAGAAACAAAACUCAAUUUUUUCAGUCAAAGAAAGGUGGAUUACCUAUGUGUACAACUUGAGAAAAUUUUGCAAGAUAUGUUUUGAUACUACAACUAUAAGAUCUAGGUAGUUCAGUACAAAUUGGUUGCAUGACACAUUGCAGACAAUUGAAUUAUAAAUUAAAUAUGUUUUGUUACAGUUACCUAACAUGAAUUGGGAUUUAAACAUUGUUUUCAUUUGACAGUAUUGGUGUCACACUGUAUAACAUGGCAAGAUAUACAGAGUUUCCUCCAUUGAGAAGGAUGAACAAUUCAUGUAUUUAGUUUAUCUGAUAAUGAAAAUAUAAUAUUAAGGAAAUAGAUAUCAAUUUUGAGCUCACUGUCAUAGAAUAAUGCAUGGUUCCAGUUCAAAUGCACAGGAAUGUAAUAAUUAUAAUGAAAGGCCAAAGGUCAUUUUAUGUUCAGUAGGGAAAAAUGCAUGUUGUGUUAGAAUAUACUAUAAUGCAAGAAAAAAAAUUACAUCUAUUUCCAUUCUAACAUGCUGAUAAAUAAAAAAUUGAUUAAAAUAUUUUGAACUACAUUGAGCUUAGAAUAUAUUUUUCUGUCGUCAGAAAUUAAUUAUAAGCUCAAUGUAGUUCAAAAUAUUUUAAUGAUUUUUUUUACACAGAAACACUUUUUUUAUGAAACAGCACAAAUGUGUAGUCGAAAGAAGAAUGACAUGUUUGGUUUAUACAGAAUUUACUAAGUUUAAUUGUGUAGGAAGCUAUAAGCUUAUAGACACACUUUUGAAUCCGUUCUUGGAACCAACCAGUACUGAGCAAUGAAUGUAAAGUUUCUUGCUCAAGGAAACUACGAUUUGCCCUUGAUGUGGUUUGAACCCAUGCAGCUACAGAUCAUUAGAUUACUAGUCAGCUGUUAAUCACCCGGCCAUGCCGCCACAUAUGACAUGUUUGAAAAAAUACACUAUAAGAUUAUAAGGAUUUAGUGUAUUGUUUUAAAAAUUGUUUUAAAGAAACCAUAGAGAAAAUUACCAAUUAUAUUUCAAAUAAUAUUGCUUUUACUGCCAUGUUAUAGAUCUAUCUACAGGAAUUUUCCAAAAAAGAUAUGCCUAACUAGACAUGUUAUUAUGAAUUAAUUGUACUUCUAUCACAGUCUUGUACAUUGUAUUUACAAUCUGCUUUGCAAAGAAUGCAAAUAAAACAUUAUUUUGAGCAUUGAUAAAUAAAAUAUUUUUAUAAUAAAAGAUUUCUGU